AUGGCCAAACUCAUAGAGAAGUUUUGGCGUCUUGAAGAAGCGUGCUUUCAAGACUGGGAACCAAAGCAACAUGACGAAUGCGAGGCGGAAAGUCACUUCCGCACAACGUUAGAGAUCGCUCCCGACGGGAGAUACAUUACACGAAUGCCCCUACGGGGGGAGCCGUCAUCGUUAGGCGACUCUUAUCAACAAGCAUAUAGAAGAUUCACAUCGCUUGAGCAAAGGCUCAAGCGGAAUGCAGACCUGUACAAAGAGUACAGGGCAUUCAUGAAUGAAUAUGAAACACUGGGACAUAUGGUACCAGUCACCACAGAAGACUUUCACAAAGUAAAGUAUUUCAUCCCUCACUCGUGUGUGGUGAAACCAGAUUCAACAUCCACCAAGGUUAGGGUGGUGUUCGACGCAAGUGCAAAGACGUCAACCGGAGUAUCCCUGAACGAUAUACAAAUCGUGGGACCAACCAUUCAAAAGGACUUAUUUGAUCUGCUAAUUGAUUUCAAGACGCACAACGACGUGCUAGUAGCAGAUAUUGCAAAGAUGUACAGACAAAUUCACAUCGCAUACACAGACACUUGGUUACAAUGUAUUUUGUGGCGCGACAGCCCCAAUGAUCAAUUGAAAGCGUAUAGACUGACGACUGUCACAUAUGGUGAAGCGUCUUCAUCAUUCUUGGCCUGUAGGGCACUACACGAAGCAGCUGAAGAUUAUCGGUCGGUAAAUCCGAGAAUUGCCGACACCAUUCAACGAUCGUUCUAUGUUGACAAUCUAAUGAUUGGAGCGUCCAACGCAGAUGAACUGACGGAGACGAAACGAGAAAUAGAGCAUGCAUUGUCACUUCAUGGAUUUCCACUUCGAAAGUGGGCAUCAAACAACGCAAGCGUACUGGAAGGAAUUCCAGAGAAAGACUUGGAACCAUUGAUCCAAGUUGGUGACCAAGAGGUCAUAAAGACAUUGGGGAUAGCCUGGAACCCCAAAACAGACGUGUUCCAGUUCAUCAGUACGAAAAACAUAGGUGAAACAUACGAAGCGCUCACAAAGCGACAGAUGGUCUCGAAGAUUUUGAGACUGUAUGACCCAAUCGGAUUGAUACAACCUGUAAUCAUUACAGCUAAAAUAUUGAUGCAAGAAUUGUGGACUUAUAACGUCAGCUGGGACGAUGAUGUUCCAGAUCAAGCACUAAGCUCAUGGAAGAAGUUCGAAGCUUCAUUAGUGGAGCUCAGCAAGAUAGAAAUACCUCGGAUGUCGACUCCGAGUCAUACGAUCGCACUAGAUUUACACGGAUUCAGUGACGCCUCCGAAAAGGCUUAUGGAUGCGUCAUUUACUUACAUGCAAUCAACUUAAAAGGAGAAGAGAGUACGAAUCUCUUAUGUUCGAAAUCGAGAGUGGCGCCUUUGAAGAAGGUCACUCUGCCCCGUCUGGAACUCUUGGCGGCGGCACUUCUAGCAGAACUAACUGCUAAAAUAAAGAGCAUUCUGGCCGGUCGAAUCUCGUCGGAAUAUUACUACAGUGAUUCACAAGUAGCGCUAAGUUGGAUCAAAUCUUCAAAUACACGUUGGGGAACCUUCAUUAGAAAUAGAGUGCAGAAGAUACACUCCACCACGAAUCCAGAGCAUUGGAAAUAUAUAUCUACGAAAGAAAAUCCGGCUGAUAUGGUUUCGAGAGGAAUUCCAGUCAGAAAAUUACGCGAAGCAAAACUAGAAUUUUGGUUACACGGACCGGAAUGUAUACGAAGAAGACAAUAUUAUCUGCAGAGCGGCUACGAAUACACUGCUGCUGCAGAACAGGAAGAGAUUAAAGAACCAAUAACACGAUUGGUAGCAGCAACAGGAAAGGCAUGCGAAGACUUAAUCGCAAAAUACCCGCACCAUCACACUCAUGACAAAACAGUAAGACACUUUGCAUGGCUGUGUAGAGCCAUAAACAAUAUGAAGAAGGUCAAUAAAGACACAGGCAUCAGAAACGAAAAGAGAUCGGGCCCACUCACCACCACUGAAUUGAAUGAAGGACUAACACUCGUAGUCCGAAUUAUGCAAGCCACUAUUUAUCCAAAUGAAGUAGCGGAAUUACGAAAAACUGGGAAGGUGCCUACGAAAGGACCUUUCCAGCAUCUCAACGCAAUCGUCAGAAAUGGAGUCAUACAUGUCACAGGGAGACUCCACAAUGCAGAAAUGCCCAUCUCACAAAAGAAUCCAAUAUUGAUUCCCAAAUCGCACCCAUUUUCGAGGGUAAUAAUUCAAAAAAUACAUGAGGAUAGAUUUCACGCCGGAACAGAUCUGGUAAUAAACGAAUUUCGACAAAGAUUUUGGAUGAGGGAUCUCCGAAGGACCGUACAAGGAGUCAUUCAACGAUGCAUCUUAUGUGCCAAAGCGCGGCCCAGACGUUUACAGCAACGAAUGGGACAACUGCCCUCGCCCAGGGUAAAUGAAUCAGUAGCGUUCACUCACACGGGAGUGGACUUAUGUGGGCCAUUCGAAGUAUAUCUCAAUCAAAAAUCGAAAUGCAAGACCACAGCAUAUGCUUGCAUCUUCAUAUGUUUUGCGACCAAAGCAGUUCACCUAGAAGUCGUCGAAGAUCAGUCGACGGCAGCGUUCAUAUCAGCACUUCUCCGUUUCACAUCAGUGAGGGGAAUACCCGAGGUUAUUUACUCCGACAAUGGGCGGAACUUUGUCGGGGCCAGCAGAGAACUCAAUCGUUUACGAAGAAUAUAUAACAAUGAAGUUUUUCAAAACAAAUUAGUUGAUAUUGCGGCAACUCACAGAAUAAGAUUUUCAUUCAUUCCACCCCGAAGCCCCAGCUUUGGAGGACUUUGGGAAGCGAACAUAAAGGUAGCCAAGCGGCUCUUUAGUGCAGCGGCCAGAGGAGCACAGCUAAACAUCAUGGAAUUGCAGACACUGUUCUACCAAGUGGCCGCAAUAAUGAAUUCGCGACCACUCACACCUGUUUACACGACGCCAGAUUCACCGACCGCGAUCACACCCGGUCAUUUUUUGAUAGCACGCCCAAUGCUAGCCGUGCCCAUCCCUACGCAGAGUAAGGAUGGAAGCAAUCUCACAACCAGAUGGAAACGAGUACAAUCGCAGCUCGAACAAUUUUGGAGAAGAUGGAGAGACGAGUAUCUCCACCAGUUACGUGAUUAUGCAAAAUGGACCAAGCAACAAGCCAACGUUAAGGUAGGCCAAAUCGUAUUGAUCGGAGACGAUCACCUUCCCGUAGCAAGGUGGCCUAUGGGAAUUGUCACACAAAUACACCCUGGAGAUGAUGGAGUAGUCCGAGUGGCAGUAGUGCGAACCGCUACCGGAAUUUACAAACGCAACGUGCGAACACUUGCUCCUCUACCAGUCGAGGAGCACACCAUUCAACCCAUUAUAGAAGAGUAUGACAACACAGCUGAUAACGAACAGCAAUCUCAAGCCGAAGCAAUCGAACUAGAAGACGAUCCCCCUCCCCAAGCACCCCAAAUGAUUUGGGACGGUAGACUACGCCCUCGUCCCAAAGGGGGGAGAAAAUGGAAGUACACGAAAUCAGAUUGGGUGACGACCCUAUGA